AUGAAGAUGGUGAUGAAAACCCUCAUGUGAUUCCCAUUGUUGGCAUGGGUGGACUAGGGAAGACCACAUUGGCUCGACUUGUUUACAAUGAUGCUAGACUGAAGGGUGUGUUCGAGCCUAAAGCUUGGGUUUGUGUAUCUGAUGAAUCUGAUAUUCGUCGAAUAACAAGAUCUAUUAUUCAACGAAUAACUGAAAAUGAGUACAGUGGCUCUGAAGAUUCUUCUGUAAUUCAAGGGAAGUUGUACAAUAUGUUAUCUGGAAAGAAGUUUCUACUUGUAUUGGAUGAUGUUUGGAGUGAGGACCACAGUUGUUGGGAUGAAUUGCAAAGACUCUUUAUAUCAGGAGCUGCUGGGAGUAAAAUAAUUGUUACAUCACGCAGCAAGGGUGUCGCCAAAGCCAUGAGGGCAACUGAUCAAAUUUAUCCCCUUGAAAAGCUUCCACAGAACCAUUGUUUGUCAUUAUUAGCUAGACAAGCAUUGGGAAAGGGGGACUUUAAUGAGCACUUGUAUCUCAAAGAAAUUGCUGAAGAAAUUGUAAAGAAAUGCAAAGGGUUGCCAUUGGCUGUAAAAACCCUUGGAGGAGUUCUUCAUGCUGAGCUAGAUCCUAAGAGGUGGGUCAAGAUACUAAAUAGUGAGAUAUGGGAAUUACCAGAAGAAAGCAGUUGCAUUCUUCCAGCUUUGAGAUUGAGUUAUCAUCAUCUUCCUGCCCCUCUGAAAAGGUGUUUUGCCUAUUGUGCUAUGUUCCCAAAAGAUCAUAAAUUUCACAAGGAUGAUUUAGUUUUAUUAUGGAUGGCUGAGGGAUUUGUAAAACAGCAGCAGAAUGGAGCAAGGCAAAUGAAAGACAUGGGAGAUCAAUACUUUCGUGAUUUAAUUUCACGAGGGCUUUUCCAACAAUCAACCAGUUAUGGCAGUAAUCAAUUACACUUUGUGAUGCAUGACCUUGUGCAUGAUUUAGCGCAGUAUAUUGCAGGAGAAACAUGCUGCAAUUUCAAAAAUCUGAUAGAGAGUGAGAAAAAGGAGGGUAAUUUUGAAAAGGCACGCUAUGUGUCAUCCUCUACUCAAAAUGAUUUUAGAAGAUCUCAGUUUCUGCAAAAACCCAAUAGUUGGCGGACACUCCUAUUAUAUGCUACUUCUGUACGACGGUUUAGCGAUACAUAUUUUCUAGAGUGUCUACAAAAAUUAAGAUGCCUGAGGGUCUUAUCUUUUCCUGGUUGGAGAAUAUCUGAGCUUCCAAAUUCAAUUGAGAAAUUGAAGCAUUUGCGCUACAUAAAUUUGUCUGACAGUCCAUUACAAUGUUUACCGAAUUCUGUGAGGUCUCUUGUGUACUUGCAAACAAUGAUACUAUGCAACUGCAGCGCAAUCAGAGAGUUGCCAGCUGGAAUUGUGUAUUUAGUUGACUUACAUCAUCUUGAUAUUAGGGGUACGGAUAGCUUACAAAAGAUGCCACCCCAAAUGGGCAAUUUGAAAAAUCUUUUGAUGUUGCCUAAAUUUAUUGUGGGACAAUCUGGUGGGCUGAGAUUAAAAGAGUUGAGCAACUUGAAGGAUCUACAAGGUGAGCUACUUAUCAAAGAUCUCCAUAAUGUCUCCGAUAUUCAAGAUGCCAGUGAGGCGAACCUAUUUAAGAUCGAGGGCCUUGAAGAGCUAACAUUGGCAUGGACUAAUGACUUCCAGACUUCACGAGAUGAAAGUAAUGAAUUGCAGGUACUCAGGCAGUUAAAGCCUCAUUCCAAUUUGAAAAGAUUAAAAAUUCAUUCAUACGGAGGCUUGGAAUUCCCAUCUUGGAUUGGCAGUCCAUCAUUUUCUAAAUUAGAGUACUUGGGACUCAAUGAUUGUAAGAGAAGCACUUUAUUGCCAAGGCAUGGACAAUUACCACAACUCAUGCGGUUUGAGAUCAAAGGAUGCCCUCAAUUAACUUAUUCACCAAUGAGUCUUCCAUCACUUCAGGAACUGUGUUUGGACAAUUGUAAAGAGGCAGUUCUCAGGAGUGUUUUUGAUUCCACUUCACUCACCAAGUUGGAUAUUAGCAGAAUUUCAGAGCUUACUUGCUUGCCUAGAAGCAUCACGCAAAACAUGACCGCACUUGAGACUCUGAGAAUUUAUGACUGCCGUGAACUUAUUUUCUUAUUGGAGGAUGGAGACAGUCUGUCAAGCUUUUCUAGUCUUAAGAGUAUGAGUAUUUCUCACUGUCCCCACCUAGAAUCAUUAACAGACCUUCUACCUGUCAGUCUGUCAAGCUUUUCUAGUCUUAAGAGGAUGUAUAUUUAUUACUGUCCUCUUCUAGUAUCGUUAACAGACCUUCUACCUCCUACUCUUGAAUCUUUGACCAUCUGGGGAUGUGAUAACCUUGAACGCCUACCAAAUGGACUAGGUCGCCUCACCUCUUUAAAAAAAUUGGAUAUCCAAAGUUGCAAAAAGUUCGUGGGCUUUCUGGUGACUGACUCUCCAUUAUAUCUCCAACGCCUUUUUUUAAAUAAUUUGGAGGCUUUGGAGUCAUUACCUUAUGAGUUGAUGAUGACAACAGAAAGUUCAGAUAUUUGGAAAUGUCCACGCCUCAAAUCUUUUUUGACAGGUGAGUUACUUGCCAGACUUGAAGAGUCCACAGUUGAGAAUUCUGAAAAAUCUGAGUUCCUACGGGAGGGAAGUAUGAAGCUCAGAAAAACAGUUAGCCUAACCUUCCCAAACCAUGCGGCAAUGCAGAACACAACAGGGUUCUUGAUCUCUUCCACUGCCUCCAACAAUAAAGUAAACCCUUGAUAUAUAGAAAAAACCAAUACAACAUUCUGGUGAUAUGCCAUAAUUUACAAAUAAAGUACUUUUUCUUAAAAAAAGAGAGGUCUUUUUGUAAUAACAAAACGCGUCAUUGAUAUUUUGGUGGAGGUUACCAGAAUUUGUAAUACAAUGGACAUUUGCAG